ACUCUGUUGAAUCAAUGCUCACUCCGCUGAAUCAAUGCUCACUCUGUUGAAUCAAUGCUCACUCUGUUGAAUCAAUGCUCACUCUGUUGAAUCAAUGCUCACUCCGCUGAAUCAAUGCUCCCAUUGUUUUAUGAAGUGAAAAUCAUUGCCCAGAAGUUCUUUUCCAGCAGGUUCCCCCCAUGUUUUGUGCUUUGCCAUAACUUUAACCGAAGUCUCACAUUGCCUCACAUUUAAGGGCUGUUCAAUCGCCUAUUCAUUGGAAUAUCAGAAUUAACGUGAGAAAAUGUGCCUGGAAAUCAAGGUACUUCUAGCCAUAAUCUCUUCUCUCCCUCUCCUUUCUCUCAUGGUGUCCAUUCUCUGUGUGGCUAUAGGUAGUGGUCUGAUGGGGAACUCCUCUGCCUCCUUCAUGGGUACGUUCCUGGCCAGCAGUCUGGGCUCGUCCUCCCACCCCUCUCACCCCUCCCGGCCCCCCUCCUCACCCUCUUCACCCGGAUCCUUCCGUGGUGGGCCCCACUCCAGCGCCUCUCAGAUCUGGUUCCCUCACUCACACGAAGCAGCCCCGGGGUAUCCUCGAUUCUCAGGGAGUCUCGCCCACACCUUCCUUCCCAUGAGCCACUUGGAUCACCAUGCCAACAGCGGCGUCCUCUACGGGCAGCACCGUUUCUACGACACCCAAAAAGAGAACUUCUAUCUAAGAAGCCUUCCGUCCCAGCCCCCUCUCAUCUCAGCCAAUCACGGUCUUCCGCCCAUCUCCAGGGCGGGGCCGGGACACCCUCAGGGCUCCUGCAGUCGGGACAUGGACCCAGGGGGCGGAGUCAGCCUACACAAGGGCCUGAAGGAAGGGUCCGUCGAGAGAGGGGUGGUCCCCAGCACCAAGGACAAGGAGAGGCCCAGCAGCAAACAGGAGGCCAAGGAGCGUCAGCAACACCACAGCCACCACUCCCAACCCUCACAUCCACACCACCACCACCCACACCCCGGCCACACACAGCCCCACCCCCACCAACAGCACCCCCAGUACCCCCAGCACCCGGUCUCCCUGGAGGAGGUCAAUAGCAGAGCUCUGGAGAGGCACAUGGAGCACCAACAGACCCUAGGAAUGACCAGAACCCUCAGCGCCUGCCUGCUCAAUGGAAAGAUGCAGAACGGGGGGGACUCUGGGACGGGGGGAGCCAAGGCUUCCAUGACUAGCUAUGGGGGGGAGGUGGUGGGGAGCAGGGGGGCUCAGACACAGGCCAGCCACAGACACAUGGAGGGUGGGGGGAACAUCCGCUGCACCAAGGAAGGGGUGAGCGGCGAGAUGAGGAUCAGUGAGCAGCCUUCGGACUGUCUGGAGGGGAGGGGCCAGAUGCUCCACCACGCCCUUCCCUACUCUGUGGCGCCGCCCCUGCAAAUGGGUUCAGCCGCUGGGGGAGGCCACCCCCACCUCCACCCCCACCACCACCCUCACCCGCAUCCGGGGGGGUUCCACUGCCUUCAGCUCCACCCCAGCCAUCCCCACCACCCCCACACACACCACCACCCGGACUUCUUCUGCCCGCCUCCACCUGCCCCUCUAACCAACCCCUCGCCGCACGAGAGGGGAGGGGGAGGGGGGCGAGACCCCAAAGUGACAGGGCCCACGUUCAUACCAUCUGUUGGGGGAGGACACCUGGGGGACAAGUCCAGCGGGCAACCCUUCCAGAUGGGCACCCCAACCGACUGCCAGGGGUUGGUGGGUGGGGGCGGCAGUGCCAAGGACAAGGCCAUGGAGAAGAGUAACUGGCACAGGAAACAGCAGCAGCAGCUGUACAGAAAGGCUGAGAAGACCCCGGACUGGAUGCAGCAGCAGAGUCACCACCCCCAACAACCCCAUCCCCAACAACCCCUUCCCCAGCAGCCCCAACAGCCCCAUCCCCAACAACCCCUUCCCCAGCAGCCCCAGCCCCAACAGCCCCAGCCCCAACAAACCCAGCCCCAACAGCCCCAGACCCAACAACCCCAGACCCAACAACCCCUUCCCCAGCAGCCCCAGACCCAGCAGCACCAAGCCGUGCGUUCUCGCAGCGUCGAAUGCAUCAAUAGCGUGGGAGUGGACACCACCGAUGUGUUCCGGCCCUCUCUUCCCCAGGGAGCCAAGGCCGGACACUCCCUCCCCCACUCAGUCAACACUUCCCCCUACAGAGACUGCUCCCUCCCGGGCCCCCUGCCCAACGCCUCACCCCUGGGGGGUCGAGGAGGUGCAGGCGGUGGUGCUGGAGGUGGGAGUUGUUCCUUACAGAGAGAUGGUCAGAAGGUGGCCCGUAUUCGCCACCAGCAGCACGGUGGGCCUGGCCCGGACACCCCAGCAGUAGAGCUGAACCAGAACAACAAACAGAACCAGGACCUGAACAGGAAGCUGGAGAUGUCCCCGUACGGCUACAGCAACAGUGGGCAGGGACAGCAGCAUCACCCCCAGCAGCCCCCGGUUCCUCCCUGGGCCAUGAGGCCUCACCACGUCCACCCUGCAGAGGAGGAGCAGCAGCGGAAGGCCUACAUGGAGUCUCUCAGUGGUGGCAGACAACAGCCCCAGCAACAACCAGGGCAAAGUAUGGGCCUCCCUCCUCAUCCUUCUCCCCAGCCCCAGCCACCUCCACCCCCAGCCCCUUCUCAGCAGCAGCAAGACCCCCAGGUCGCCUCACAGGCCCAGGAGGAGAGCAGUGCCAUGAAGAGCCUGCUGAAGUACAGCACCCAGCAGCCCCUGCUCCUCUCCCAGAAGAGUCCCUUCGGAGGCCUGGGGAGCCUCAAAUCCGCUGGUCCUGGGGGUCCUGGAGGUGGAGCCCCCGGGGUUAGCUGCACCCUGCAAGGCAGCAAACAACAACAGGCCUUGCCCACCAGGAAGGGCCCGGCCAAUGACGGCGAGCGCUCUGACUGUGGGGGGCGUGGCCGGGAGGUGGGCGAGGCAGUGGGUCACGGCGAGGGAGAGGUGCGCCAACCGCCUGUGGGCAUCGCAGUCGCCGUGGCGAGGCAGAGGGAACCGUCCUGUCGCCCGGUGGACGCCCACCCCAACAGCCGGCAGGGGCGGGUGCACCCCUCCAUGAAAGGACCUCCUCGCUCCAUGUAUCCCUCAGACCCUGCAGGAGAGGAGGAGAGGAAGAGGAUGAGUGGAGAGCGGAUGGGUCUGACCUGCCUGGACCGAGACAGAGAGGCCUACAUCAGGGAUAAUAAGGAUCCAGUGGACUUCACAAGGAUCCAUCCGUCCAACAGCUGUCACGGUGACAUCACCUCUCACCUCAUGGUGCCGGGUGGGACUUCCCUACAAUCUGGCCAAUUAGGAGACCCCUCUGCACAUGCACACACCCACUCGGCCCACCACCAUUGGCUGCCGAGCACUGGAAGUCCCUCCAUCUGGAUGACAAGCCACUCCUACGGAAUCGGCCACUCAGCCCUUCACCAGAACCUCGCCCCAGGUUUUUCUGCAGCCAUGCCAGGGUCUCUACAGCCUGUGCUGCCUCUGCCUCAGGACCCGUCUACCCAGCUGGUGGUGCUACCCACAGAGCCUGCUGCCCACCCUGUCACACAUCACCUGGAUGUGAUGGAGCAGCCUGGGCUGUGGCCCCCAGUGUACGGAGCCCGAGGGCCCUCCUCCCACAUACACCCACAACACCCCGCUGUGUACUCCCGCUCGCAGUUUCUACGGCAACAGGAGCUGUACGCUCUCCAGCAGCAUCAACAGCAUCAUCAUCUGCAGCAGCAGCAUCAACACCAACAGCAACAGAGUCACCAGUCACACCCCCAGUCACAACCCCAGUCACAACCCCAGCCACAGCCACAACCACAGCCCCAGCAGCACCACAGGACAGCACAGACCAUGGAGCUUCAACACAGACCCAACCACGCCCAGGUGCAGAAGAGACCAGAGUCAGUGGAGCUGGAGGAGCUGCUCUCUGAGCCACCAGGUUCUAAACCUUCCAAACCCUACUCCUCCUACCACAGAAACACCCCCACCCCGGGGGCCUGCACUGCUCACCUGUCCCCCUGCUGCCAGUCCCCCACCCUGCGCCCCCACCCUAAGAGCACCCCAUCCACCCCCUGCCCCGCCCCUAGCCCGGCAGCCGCCGCCCCUCGGUCUCCGGAAAUCAGUCCCUCCCCCCCACAGCUGCCAAAAGGGGCGGAGACCCAGGACAAGAGAGGAGAGGGACAGCCCCUGCAGGAUUACCCACAAUCCCUGGAGCCUGACUUGCCUCCUGGAUACACCUACCCUGCCAUCGCCAUGGGUUACAGGAGCUGCACAUCGCCCCACGAUGUCCGAUUGGCCGAGCCAGCUGACCUGGAGGCGGUCCAGGCGGAGCCUGCUGAGAAUGCUCCCCAGCCUCUCUCCAGCCUAGGGGCGGAGCUAGAGUGUCAGGCCAUGGUGAGGCCCCUCCCACUCCAGGAAGUGGAGGAGGAAGAGGAGGGGCAAAAGGAAGAGGAGGUGCAGAGAGAGGAGGUGGAAGCCAGAGAAGCAGCAGGCAGCUGUGGACCUCCAGAUCAGGAGCAUAGGGAGGAGCAGGGGGAGGAGGUGUCAGUGUGUCCUCCUGCGGAGAGCCGUGUGUGUGACACCGCCUCCUGUCCCAUCCCUAUCCCCCUCUCUGAGGAGGAGAACCACAGAGAUGACCCCACCUCCACCCUGGAGGAGCAGGAGGAGGAAAAGUGCAAGGUGGAGAGAGGACAGCAGCAGGAGGUGGGAGGAGAACAGGAGGAGCAGGACUGCACCAUCAUCGACCUGGACCCUCCCUGCCCUGCCCAGACCCACCAGGAGGCACAUACUGAGGAGGAAGAGGAGGGAGGAGAGGAGGAGAGUACUCCUAAUGAUGACAACCACUCAGUAGAGUUGGUGUGCCUCUCCCCCUCCUCUCCCUCUCUGUGCCCCAGCCAGUCUAUCAUCACCCUCUCCACCCCCCUGAAACCCAUUGUGCCUAGUUACUGGAGCCUAGAGCUGCUGAUCGCUGCAGCCUUCUGUGCCGACGUCCCUCCGUUUCCCAUGCUGGCCUCCAGCACCCUCCAGCCCCAGGCCUGUGACACCCAUCCCUGCCCCAGCCACCCCCACCACGGCAUGGAGCUGCUCAGCGAGCUGGCCGACCUGGAGCUCCAACAGCACCGACACAACACAGGAGACAGCCAAGGAGAGGAGAUGUUGAUCUUUGACCUCCAGAGUCUUGCCACCCUGGCAGCAGCCCGUGCCUUGGAGCUGGGUGCCCAGGAGGGUAGCGGGGAGGGUGCCGGGUGGCACUACCCGGCCCGCAAGACCCUCAACCUGCGCAGGAAAUACAGCUGGACACCUCGCCACGAACCGGCAUGCCCGGCCAAGGGCACCAUGGAGAGGAUGGAGGGUCCGGAGCUGGCCAUGCGGGUGAAGCUGGCAGAGCUCCAGAGGCGCUACAAAGAGAAACAGAGGGAGUUAGCCAAGCUACAGAGGAAGCAUGACCACCAGAAGGAGGAAACACCUCGCAGCCCUGCUCGUAGAGGACCGGGGCGGCCCAGGAAACGUAAAUCAACCCCCGCCGCUGGCCCAGGCUCCUCCUCUGAGACCCAGAGGAAAGUCAAGUCGUUAGGGGCGGGACUUGGCCUGUCGCCCGAGGACCUGCUGGGAGGAGGGGGUGGGGACGCCCAGAGGAAGAAGAAGAAGCUGUCCAAUCGGGGCUUUGAGCGGCUCGGCGCGGCAGAGAUAAAAGUGCAUGGCAGUAGCAGAAAGAGUGUCCUCCACGGUGUCCUCAGCUCUAAGCUGGCCCGUGACGUGGCCCAUCAGCAGCUCAGACAGCACAAGGCCCAGGGCGGGAAGAGGACUGGGAUGGAGGCGGGACCACGGGAUAAGGAGGAGGCGGCCUCUGCGGCUAGUUCUGCCCCAAAGCACCAUGGACAUCGAGGCCAGGCCACCUCCAAGGCCGAGUCCAGACGAGUCAUCAACGAGUCCGGCGGGCAGAGUGACACAGCAGCCAGUGCAGACAGCGGCAUGGCCAGGGGCUGGACGGGGACCCCGCUGAUGAUGCGUGGGGGCAGGAGGAAAGAUGGGGGAGCUCUCGGGGUCCAGGGGUCCGCACGGCUGCAGCAGCCCAGGGCCAGGGUCCUCCGAGCCAGGAGUCAGGAAGCCAUGGAGGGGGGAGAGACCUCCCCUACAGAGAGUGAAUCCUCCAACCAGGAAGACGAAGAAGAGGAAGGAAGUUAUGACAGUGACGAAGGACAAGACAUCAAAGCACAACCCUCCCGAGACGUCUCUUCAUGCUCCACUGUGACUGGUCCAUCCCCCUCGUCUGUCGUCAAGCUGGAGGCCAAUCAGAAAGCCCGGAACAAAAAAGAGAGGCAGGAACUUUACGGUAAGAAGACAGGCCUGGUGUGUGUGUGUGUGUGUGUGUGUGUGUGUGUGUGUGUGUGUGUGUGUGUGUGUGUGUGUGUGUGUGUGUGUCCAUGCAGAGAUCCACACACACACACAAGCGCACACAUGCUCACACGCACACACACACACUCGCACACUCAUUUACUCACUCACACCUCUCUUCCUGGUCACAUGUCACAGAGGAGAAGUUGCUGGUCAGGCGGUGUCCAAUCACCUCAGAGUGACGACAACACUUGCAGGGGGAGGAGGAUCCGAAACAAACAGCCCAAGGGCCGUGCAGUGAGCCGUCUACUAGAGAGCAUGGCGGCGGACGAGGGCUUUCAGAUGGAUGAGGAUGAUAGCAGCUUUUCCGAGGGGGAUGAGGACAGUAACCCAUCAUACCCUCACAACCCCAGGAAUCCACUAGCAGCUCCCAGCUGUGUCCUGACCAGACAGCUGCUGACAGAUGGACUCAGGGUGCUGAUCUCCAAGGAGGAUGAACUUCUCUACGCAGCCCGGGUCCACACACUGGAGCUGCCAGACAUCUACAGCAUUGUUAUUGAUGGGGAGAGAGGAAACCGCCCCAGAAUCUACUCACUGGAGCAACUGCUGCAGGAAGCGGUCCUGGAUGUGCGUCCAGAGACAGAGUCGGUGCUCUCUGAGGGGACGAGGGUGUGUGCCUACUGGAGCGAACGCUCUCGCUGCCUAUACCCAGGCAACAUACGCCAAGGUGGUUCAGGGGAGGAGGGGAAGCAGGGAGGUGUAAUGGUGGAGUUUGAUGACGGAGACAGGGGGAGGAUCUCCCUCCUAAACAUCCGCCUCCUCCCCCCGGGCUACCAGAUCCACUGUGCGGAGUCGUCCCCUGCCCACCUGGUGUCUAGCGGCCGGGCGGCUCGGAGGAGCUUCAGUUUGGAAAAAGCUCCCCUGAGUGAGAGAGUCUCGGAGAGACAGGCCAGCACAGAGCCUGCCAGGAGACGACCAGGGAGACCCAAAGGUUCAGGGAAGAAGAAGAACCUGUCAGACAGCACCAAUAAGAACGCAGCCCCUCUGCUCAGCUGGCCGGCUGUGGCUGUCCCCAGGAAGAGGGCCUGUGAAAAUCUGUUCCAGCUCAACGGGACUCCCAGGAAGGCCCUGAGGGGGACGAGGGAGGCACACCUGUCCCCCCUGCCCCCGGCCCCUGUCUCUACACCGACCAAGGGCCUGUUCAGCAGCAGCUCCUUCGAGGUUGACUCCUUCAGCAGCAUCGCUAACGGCUACUCCUCCUUCUGUAGCACCCAGCCCACCGGCAUGUCCCUGGGUUCCAGGACCGGGCCCUAUGUCCAGAGACGGAGGCCCGGCGAGGUGCCGCGGAGCAGCAGGAAGAGCAGUCAGGAGUUCCUGGUCAAACUGGAUCACGAGGGGGUGACUUCACCCAAGACGAAGAACAGCAAGGCCCUGUUGCUGCUGGGCGGUGGCUCUGGGUUCGGGGCCAAAGGCGUGGGCGGCCUCCCCAGGCCUGAGGCCUACUCCCACCCAGUCCUGCUGGUCAAGGACAACAGGAAGGGAGUUUCUACCUCAAGGGCUGAGCUCCUCCUUAAGGGUGCCCCUCCUCCACAGAGGAAGGCUUCUCCCUCCCUGGCUAUUGGGGAGUACGGUGUCGGCGAGCUUGGUCUCAGCUGCCAUCGGGACUGCCACAGCUCCUACUCAGACCUGGACAAUGAAGAGGAGGAGGAGAGGAGGAGGGAAGGGGGGGCUGCGCUGGCCACAGCAGCCUCUGGAGGACUGAGGACGGCGGGAAGCUUUCUCUCGCGCCUCUCCGUCUCAUCCUCUUCCUCUGGUUCCUCAAGUUCGUCCAGCUCAGGCUCCAUGUCCAGUUCCAGCCUGUGCUCCUCGGAUAACGACUCGUCCUACAGCUCGGAGGAUGAGGAGAGCUCCACGCUGCUGCUACAGAGCUGCCUGUCCUCCCACCAUGGCCUGCUGCAGUCCCCUGAGCCCCCGGCUGCAGCCGGACCCCACCAGGGCCAACAGUCCUUCGUGGCCAAGGCCGUGGCCGUAUCCAACACCAAGGCAGGAGGAGCCACCAACGACCACAGUGCCAACAACAAGCUUCUCAAAAGGAAGGAGUGUAGCAGCUCGUCCCCCUCCAAACCCCCCAGAGACCUGGUGAAGAGGCAAAGGGUUAUCCCUGGUGAUGCAGGACCAAGACCCAAGAUGAACACGUUCCUACCGGGAAGACAGAUGUGGCGGUGGUCGGGGAACCCCACUCAAAGGCGGGGGCUGAAGGGGAAGUCCAGGAAGCUGUUCUACAAGGCCAUCGUACGGGGAAGGGACACGGUGCGAGUGGGCGACUGUGCCAUGUUCCUCUCUGCCGGCCGGCCCCACCUACCCUACGUGGGCCGCAUCGAGAACUUCUGGGAAUCCUGGAGCGCCAACAUGGUGGUGAAGGUCAAGUGGUUCUACCACCCAGAGGAGACCAAGUUGGGCCAGAGGCACCGCGACAGCAAGCACGCUCUGUAUCAGUCGUGCCACGAGGACGAGAAUGACGUCCAGACAAUCUCCCACAAGUGCCAGGUGGUGAGCCGCGAGGAGUAUGAGCACAUGGCCCGCGGCCAGAAACCCAGCAGCAGCGUGACCACCCAAGGCCUGUACUAUCUGGCUGGCACCUAUGACCCCACCAGCGGUCAACUGCUCACUGCUGAGGGGGUGGCCAUCGUCUGCUGAGCUGAGGACAUCUUGUCCUAAGGAUACUACUGAACCACCCAUCUGAUGGGAAAUGAAGGUGAAGGUCCCCGCAGCUUUGCCUGAAGGACCCCUGGUCUGAUUCAGUCCGUAGGAGGGUUCCCAGAUGGGUCAGUCCUGGAGGAAGUGAAGGUCGAGGUGCCUGUGGCUUUGCCUGAAGGACCCCUGGCCUGACUCAGUCCGUAGGAGGGUUCCCAGAUGGGUCAGUCCUGGAGGAAGUGAAGGACCCCUGGCCUUAGUCAGUGCUGACUAGUGGUGGACGUCAGGGCCAAGGCAGGGCUGUCCCCUGUCUACACUGGAUAUCUCAACACACAUGGCUGCUAGACUAGGGUGUAGUUAGAAGAAGGGGAGGGGGUAGCCAUUCACAGCAGUGAACCCCAUUCUGCUCCCAUCCUCACUGGGUGAAGACAAGGAUCUGGGUCCUGAACAACCGCAAUCCAGGAGGUCAAUGACACCCGACUGACUUUCCAUUGGUCCAACUUAACAUCUCUUUAGUUUAGACUGAGGAUGGCAUGUUUGAGGGACUGUUUCACACCUCAUCUUUACACCACUCACCCAUCAUAGGUCACCAAAUUAGAGCUGAACAUAGGUUUGGAUUGGACAGCUCAAUGCACCAUUAGGUCGCUCCGGACCAGGCCUGUGGUUGCCUCAUUUCAGCUGAGUGCGUGAGUGAGUGAGGUAUGGGAUGUACUCUCCAUAGUUCGUCUUCAUGAUUCCAGGGAUGAUAAAAUAUGUAUAAGAUAUCCAUGAUAAAGAUGUAAAUAUUUGGGAUGAUUUUUCCAGUCAAGCCAUACACUUCAGUACCUCUUGUCUCUCUUAUGGAUCAGGUGUAUACUGUACAGGUCAGUUAUCUGUUCUUUUUUUGUUGUUGUCUAUAUGUAUAUAACAACUAUUUUAUAUACAAGUAUAUAUGAAAGGUAUCUUUCAAUGUUUUUUUAUUGAUUUAUUUUUCUAUGGAGGGGUGAAUAUGGCUCUUUGUGUUUUUCUUUGGGACGAUGAGCUGAAGAUGUAAAAGUGUUGCACUACACAUGACCUGCUGAGACAGACAGACAGACAGACAGACAGGCAGACAGACAGACAGGCAGGCAGACAGACAGACAGACAGACAGACAGACAGACAGACAGACAGACAGACAGACAGACAGACAGGCAGGCAGAGAGAGAGAGAGAGAGAGAGAGCACAGAAAUGAGAGAAGGAUCUGACAGGAGAGGUCUCAUUCUCUCAGAGAGAGAGAGAGAGAGAGAGAGAGAGCACAGAAAUGAGAGAAGGAUAUGACAGGAGAGGUCUCACUCAGAGAGAGGAACCAUCCUGUUGAAGUGUAAAUGUGUCCUUAAAUGUGUUACUUUCCACAUGUGAUAUUUUGUUUUAUAACCAUCUUUAUUUAUGUACCUUGCAGUGGUUCCUCGCUACAUAGCAGAUCCACGUGGACUGCAUUCACGGGUUACAAAAGAAUACUAUUAACAAGUGAGAAAUAGAGAUAUUUACAUAUAUUUAUUUUGAUUGGUAUUGAAAUCCAUUCUAAUAUUGCCCUGGCAUCACUUUAACGAUGCCAUUGUGGCAGGCUCUCCACAUCAUUCAAUUCAAAAGGAGUUGGUCUGCGUAUGCAGGUGUAUAGAAGCGCUAUACUUCAAGUACACAUUUGGACCUGUAAAAACCAAAGCUUCUACUCUGUAAGAUCUUCAUGAAGUACUAUGGAAGUAGUACUUACUAUGAACAUCAAGCAGCUGUGUUAUUCAGAGAUCCCUGGGAACUUAAUCAUCAAACUGUUUCUCACUCUGAGAAUACAAGACAUCCCCCUAUGUGCAUAUAUGGCUUUGCUUUGUGACAAUGGGUUUUGUUGCACACGUACCUGUAGCUCUGUGAGGUCCAAAGUCCCUGUGGCCAAAAUUCAUCAGUGACCUGAAACAGGUGGCUGAUAAAGGUCAUACCAAGGUCAAGGUACUGUCAACAUCAAAAAAAAAGGUUGAAUAUUGACAAUUUGUUGAAGAUUCGUCAGUUGGGUUUAUUGAUUAAUUAAUAGACAUGCCUCUGAAUUAGGAACACACAUGCACUCAAUGUUAACGGUGAAGGACAAUCAAAUUCACAAAGCAAUGGAUAUAGUUUAAAAGUCUCACUUAAUCAAAAUAUUGCUUUGAAAUGUUUUAUUUUAUUUUGUGCCAAAUACAUGUUUGUCUCAGCCUCUGUCGUUUUGAUAUGUAAAUCCUGACUGUUAUGUUCUUACGAAGUUUUAUUUGCUCAUCAUCAACCUUUAUUUAUUGUCAAUGUUGCUGUUUGCUCGUCAAGCCAUGAGCUCUCUAUGACAACGUGACGUUGUUUCUCCAUGUGAUGUCACAUUUGGUUUAGUUAAUAACAGUUUGGUCUUUGAAGAGGCUGCGCAGUAAACAGGAAUACAGGAACACUGGAUUAUUCUCAUCCACAAACCUCUCUGAAUAACUUCCUGUUUGGACCGGACCCUCCUGCUCUCUGUCUGCGGUGGCGCGACUGACUACAUCGCAGACGUUUCAUUGCAUCAACCAAUAGUUAUGCGCCACAGUCCGACAUCAGAUUGCUAUGUCGUAUGAUGUGGUUAGCAGAUAUGUUAACACACGAGUGUUGGGAUAUGGCAGGCGUCUGCAAUUUAGUCAGGCAGGAACGCCACCUAUGACUCUGCACCCCGGGUUAGAUCCCGGGCUGUAUCACAACCGGCCGUGAUCGGGAGUCCCAUAGGGCGGCGCACAAUUGGCCCAGUGUCGUCCGGGUUAGAGGAGGGUAUGGCCGGUGUAGGCCGUCGUUGUAAAUAAGAAUUGGUUCUUAACUGACUUGCCUAGUUAAAUAAAGGUUCAAAUAAGAAGGGAAAAGCUCCAUCUCAGGGUCCUCAUUGUCUGUGACCCUAACUUCCUGAAAGAUUGACCUCCCAUUUGUUUCAAGCAACAUUUUUUAACUGUCUAAGGCCGAGAUGUGUGUGUUUGUGUGGCCGGGAUGUUUGUGUGUGUGUGUGUGUAUUUGUAUGUGCAUGCGUAUGUAUGUUUGCGUGUGUGUGUUUGUAUGUGCAUGCAUAUGUAUGUUUGCGUGUGUGCGUAUGUUUGUAUGUGCAUGCGUAUGUAUGUUUGCGUGUGUGUGUGUGUGUGUUUGUAUGUGCAUGCAUACGGAUGUUUGUGUGUGUGUGUGUUUGUAUGUGCAUGCGUAUGUAUGUUUGCGUGUGUGUGUGUGUGUGUUUGUAUGUGCAUGCAUACGGAUGUUUGUGUGUGUGUGUGUGUGUGUUUGUAUGUGCAUGCGUAUGUAUGUUUGCGUGUAUGUGUGUGUGUUUGUAUGUGCAUGCAUACGGAUGUUUGUGUGUGUGUGUGUGUGUGUUUGUAUGUGCAUGCGUAUGUAUGUUUGCGUGUGCUUGCGUGCAAGAUACUGCAUGCCUGUUAAAAAAAGGCCACUGGAUAUGAUGAAAUUAGAAUGUAGUUUUGGAACUCCCGUGUCUUCACGUAUAACGAGAGAGACAGCCUUAGCAUUUUGUUUGGAGGCCAGGUGCUAUACUAAGAUGGCUCAGAGAAGUUGCAUUGAAGUUCAGUGAUUGGGCAGAAUAUUGCAAAGGCUCAUGGGCCAAAGAAAAUCAGGAUGCAGGAGCAUCUUUCUUUUCAACACACUUUUGGUCAUAUAAGGGAAGGUAAAUAUAAGGUGUGAAAGGUAUGCAGUCUCUGAUAGAGUUGUUAUGGUAAAUAUUAACAUCAUGUUGACACAUGAUGUUUAAUAUGAUGAUUAUUAUUUUAAUAUUGUGAUGUUGAAUUAUCUCCUGCUAUCAAUGUUAUAAAGACAUGUAGAUGUGCAAGUUUGGGGGUAAAUGUUUUACAAAUAAAUACUUUCAUAAUAUAAAUCUGUCAAAAAUGUUUUAGUAUCAAGAUUUUUUUAUCUGGGUUAUGAAUAAAUAUCACAACUUAAAACAACG